AUGAGCCGGAGAAAACACUUGCUACAGUCCAUGGACCAGGAGGUGGAGCCGCCGGGGGAGGGGCAGCACAUUGUGCGGGCCGUGGGCAGCCGCGGGAGCAACCUCAUCGAGGUGGAGUUCCCCGACGGCCGCACCGCGCUGUGCCUGCUGCCCGCCAAGUUCCACAAGAAGCUGUGGGUCAAGAAGGGCAACUACCUGGUCGUGGAGGGGGCGGCAGAGGAGGACACGCGGGUGACGGGGGAGAUCUCGGCGGUGCUGUUUGCAGACCACGUGAAGCAGCUGAAGCGCAUGCCGGGCGUGUGGUGA